UAACAAGAAUAAAACAUAAAUGAAAUCGGUAUAUUUCUAUACUAUACGCUAAAUUUUAUUGCAUAUAUUGCAGAGCAGUAUCGAUAACAAACAACGGCGAAAAUCAUAAAGUGAAAAACGUAUUGGACAAACCUACUUUGAAUACUUCUGACUACGCACUUGAUGAUUGCGAUGAUUGUACGAUUCGAAGCGACGCGGAUCAAGCAGCUUGCACCGAAGAUUCGAGGGUUUGUAAUAACGAAGACUUGAUGACUAGUUCAGAAAGUAGUACUAGCACAAAAAAGGCUGAUGAAAACUGCAUUAAUGUUAAAAUUGGAGGAGAAAAUCAUAAUGAUCCGAAAAACAGAAAACGAAAAGCUGAGUGUGAACCAGAAACCAGUAGCCAAAGAAAAAGAUAUGGCUUAAUUAUUAAUAAGAGGUUGUAUUUAAGCGAAUACGUUUCAGAAAUAAUCGCUUACAUUAGUGGCGCCGUUGUUGAAGUGGUGAAAAAGAAAAUACAAUGCGAACUAUGCUUGAAAAGUUUAGAGACAGAAGAAACCGAAGAAGUUUUAUCGACACUUCAAAGGCGAAAAACCUUUGGCAAAUUAAUAUCCGCAUCAAAAGAUGUUAUAACUAUCUGUGAAAUAGCUGAAAAAGUUUUUCGUGUUCAAAGCUCCUUUUAUGUUAAAAAUGUGCUUGAAAAGCUCAUUAUUUACACAGUGAGUUCGUUACCGAUUAAUUCGCUAUUUGUAAAAUAUGAACAUGCCUAUGAUCAAGCGCCUCUAUCUGAUCAUAGAAAUCAAAUGAUAAAAUUGAUAUUGAAUCAAUUUUUUCAAAUACGGCUGCAUUAA